CCCGGCGGACGGGGUGGAUCCCGCCCGCUCCCCUCCCCCGAGUGCCGCGGCGGCGGCGGGCGCUCAAUGAGAGACGCCGAGUGGUCGGGUCGCCGAGCGCUCGCCUAGGCGGCGGCGGAGCGUGAGGCCAGCGGGUCUCCCCAUCCCGCGAGGCGGCGGCCGCGGCUGCACAGGAAUAAUAAUGUAUUUGUGGCCUUCGACGUGAAGCAGUCAGUCAGUCUUCUGUGCUGUUGACAUAGCAGCAGGACUGAUGUUGUGGGAAGCAUGGACCUACUGAACGGGCAGGCAAGCAGUGUUAAUGUUGCUGCUACCGCUUCGGAGAAAAGCAGCAGUUCGGAAUCAUUAAGUGACAAGGGUUCUGAAUUGAAGAAAAGCUUUGAUGCCGUGGUAUUUGAUAUUCUUAAGGUUACACCAGAAGAAUAUGCGGGUCAAAUAACGUUAAUGGAUGUCCCAGUAUUUAAAGCCAUUCAACCAGAUGAGCUUUCAAGUUGUGGAUGGAAUAAAAAAGAAAAAUAUAGUUCUGCACCAAAUGCAGUUGCCUUCACAAGAAGAUUUAAUCAUGUCAGCUUUUGGGUUGUUAGAGAGAUUCUUCAUGCUCAAACAUUAAAAAUUAGGGCAGAAGUUUUGAGCCACUAUAUUAAAACUGCAAAGAAACUGUACGAGCUAAACAACCUCCAUGCACUAAUGGCAGUGGUUUCUGGCUUACAGAGUGCCCCGAUUUUUAGGUUGACCAAAACAUGGGCGUUACUAAGUCGAAAAGACAAAACUACCUUUGAAAAAUUAGAAUAUGUAAUGAGUAAAGAAGAUAACUACAAAAGACUCAGAGACUAUAUAAGUAGCUUAAAGAUGACACCCUGCAUUCCCUAUUUAGGUAUCUAUUUGUCAGACUUAACUUACAUUGAUUCAGCAUAUCCGUCAACUGGCAGCAUUCUAGAAAGUGAGCAGAGAUCAAAUUUGAUGAAUAACAUUCUUCGAAUAAUUUCUGAUUUACAGCAGUCUUGUGAAUAUGAUAUCCCCAUGUUGCCUCACGUCCAAAAAUAUCUGAACUCUGUUCAGUAUAUAGAAGAACUACAAAAGUUUGUGGAAGAUGAUAAUUACAAGCUCUCGUUAAAGAUAGAACCGGGGACCAGCACACCACGCUCGGCUGCCUCUAGGGAAGACUUAGUAGGUCCUGAAGUGGGAUCUCCACAGAGUGGGAGAAGUGUGGCAGCUGAAGGAGCCCUGUUACCACACACACUGCCAUCCCCUCGGAACCUGAUUCCACACGGACAUAGGAAGUGCCAUAGCCUGGGUUAUAAUUUCAUUCAUAAAAUGAACACAGCAGAGUUUAAAAGCGCGACAUUCCCCAAUGCAGGGCCAACGCAUCUAUUAGACGAUAGCGUCAUGGAGCCCCACGCACCAUCUCGAGGCCAAGCCGAAAGUUCUACUCUGUCUAGUGGAAUAUCAUUAGGUAGCAGUGAUGGUUCUGAACUAAGUGAAGAGACCUCAUGGCCUGCUUUUGAAAGGAACAGAUUGUACCAUUCUCUCGGCCCGAUGACACGAGUGGCACGAAAUGGCUAUCGAAGCCACGUGAAGGCCAGCAGUUCUGCAGAAUCAGAAGAUUUGGCAGUACAUUUAUAUCCAGGAGCUGUUACUAUUCAAGGUGUUCUCAAGAGAAAAACUUUGUUAAAGGAAGGCAAAAAGCCUACAGUAGCAUCUUGGACAAAAUAUUGGGCAGCUUUGUGUGGGACACAACUUUUUUACUACACUGCCAAAUCUCUAAAAGCUACAGAAAGAAAACAUUUCAAAUCCACAUCAAAUAAGAAUGUGUCUGUGGUAGGAUGGAUGGUGAUGAUGGCUGAUGACCCAGAACAUCCUGACCUCUUCCUACUGACUGACUCUGAGAAAGGAAAUUCAUACAAGUUUCAAGCUGGCAAUAGGAUGAAUGCAAUGCUGUGGUUUAAGCAUUUGAGUGCUGCCUGCCAAAGUAACAAACAACAGGUUCCUACAAACUUGAUGACUUUUGAGUAAAAGCCUAAGAAAGAAGAGAGGUGAAUUGUUGCUCCACAGAGGGAGCGAGGCCCUGGUGGACCAGCGCCAGCAAAAACCAGUCCUGUGCCAGGGGAGCCAAGCUUCCCUUUUGCCUCCGGAUUCUGAACCAAAAAAGCACUAGGGAAUGAAGUGAGACAUUCCCAGAGAACCAAUUGCAGUUGCAAAACAAACUGCCAUGGACCACGCUUCUUAUCUCUGAACUGACCUGUGGAAACCACUGCCUUAAAAGAACGCAAGGAAAACCAACAUCAAACACCAAAUAGUGUGUGUGAUCGAUCUCCUGGCGGUGCUGUGCUUGGAAUAGAUCGUAGCUCAUUUGCAUUUCUUUUAACUUUGUAUUAAUUUUGGAGGGGGGAAUCGCCUUUUCAGAUAGACUUUAAAAAGGAAAAACGUCAUUCUCAUGGGUUACAUGAGGAGCUGGUUUUGGACCGGAGUGUAAAGGUCUGACAAGCAGCAUUCGGCCAGCAGCCUCCCCGAGCGUGCGUGCGUUUGUCCUCCGUUCGCCUGCGGCCUCGUGCUCUCACGGCACGAGUGGAGGGCCUAGAAAUAUUGUAAUGUGAGUUGUUGGGACUUUGUUUGGGACUUACGGAGGGAUUUUGUUUGGUUUUAGAUGAGGAAAGAUAUUUUUAAACACUAAACUUCAGAGAUUUAGUACUGUACGGGGAACACGACUUCCUGCAGGGGUAUAAAGGCCGAGUGUUCACCUGCCAGACACGUCUCACAGGGGCUCCAGAAAGCAUGGUUGUUUCUAACUGUGUUUAAGGUUAGACUCUAUAUGAAUGCAUUGCUGGGCCACAGAUCUUCGUAUUGGGGAUUGCAUCCCAACCUAAAUUUCCUUGAGAUUUUAUAGUCAUUACUUUUUCACGUUAGUUGAUUUCUCUCUUCUACCAGUCACAGGUGGUUUUUAUCACCAAGGAGAUAAACUGAUGUUUUCCUUUACCUUGUUCAUUGUGCACAAUGCCAGUUGUUGUUUUUUUAUUUUUAUUAUUCAUUUUCAUUAUUUUUGCUCAAUAUGAGAUUCAGGGUCACAUUUGUUUAAGAGAGAUUCCAUAUAUGUAUGUAUUCAUUUAAUUCUAAGGCCUACAAAAGUAAUUUUAAAGUAUAAAAGGUAAAAAGUUGAGAUUCUGAGAAUUUAAAGUAUCAGAACUCUCCUUAUACAACUUUUCUUUAUUGCAAAACAUUUUCCUGAAAACUUACUAUUAUGUAUAGGUCCCUGCCAUGAAAUCAGUAGUUGACCAAGUAGUUUUAUGAGGGCUCUUCUAUGCAGUAAUGCAUUUAAUUCCAAAAUAAAUGUUGACUCACUAAAAAAAAUAAGAAGAAGAUUGAAGAUAAGAUGCCUUAGAGUUUUAACAGAUAUUGGCGUUUGAACAAAGGCUACGUCGGGUGUUAUAAACUCAAGAGGCAUCAUAGGUUUCAGCACUGGCCCAGAGUAAGAACGCCUCUGUCUGAUACCUUCCACCAGGCUUUAGGCCUCACAUAAAAUCACUUGCAUUUGUAUUCUUAGAAAACAUUGUACUUUUUUUUUUUACCAUAAGUAUUUCAUUCUUGAAUCUAUGAAACUUCAAUAGAAAAUAUUGUCCACAGACUAAUUAGCUAAAAGUCCAUUCAUAGGGCAGUAGAAGAGCUUUCUCUGAGCACUGAGUUUUUUCCAUUUAGGUCUGUUUCCAGAGGACAUGCAGAGUGCAGAUACUUGUCUCAAACAGCGCAGUUAGAAAUGCCUUGGUUUCUGGCUUUGUGGGGAGCGAUGACACGGGCUGGAGAGGACAGUGUUGCCUGUGCUGAGUGAUGUUUAAAUUACCGGCCUCCUGCGCUUGGCCCACGUUGGGUGCACGGAGGGACACCUCCUGCGGAGCCAGCAGUAUUACUGUGUAGACCUUGCACAUCUCACUUUUGUUUUGCAUUUUUUUUUUAUUUCUUUGUUUAUUUCUCCUCAGAAAGAAAUGUUUUUAAUAGUGUAUGUGCUUUUUAAAAAAUACUAUGGAUGAGAACCCUGUGGAUUUUUUUUAUUAUUAUUAUUGCUUUGUUUGUUUGUCGUAAAUAAGCUACAGUAGAUAUGUCAUAGAGGAACCACGUCUGUGGAGGUGGGCACCUGGAAGUCAGAGCCUGAUGUUUUGCCAAAGAGGGAGCUAGACUGGAAGAUGUGUUUGAUGUUUUCAGCUCUAAACAUGAAUGGAUGCCUGCACAGACGAAGAAUAGCUUUCAGUUUGGUAAACAGCCCUUUUGUCUGAAACUCUUAACAUAAGUGUGCAUAGAAGUUGCCAUUGUUUUUUUUGUUUUGUUUUUUUGUUUUUUGUCUUCAAAUUUAUUCAUUCAAAAGAUUAGUCAUUGCUUUUUGAGAUUAUUUUAGCAUUUGAAGCAAAUGGAAACCAGUGAGAAAAGUGGAUUAAACUGCUGUUAAGUGAAUCUUUUAUCUGUUAUUCACCAAUUGAUAUCUGAUGAUAAUUUUAUGCAAAGAAAGUUUGUCACCAGAAUGUUUAUUAGUGGGAUGAUAAAUUCAUUUCUCUCUGAUUAGGCCUGCCCUUUAUAAAUUAGUAAAUUGGUGACUCAUAAGCUUGAAAUUUCCAUCAAUAUUAAGUUCAUCUGAUUCUCUCCUAGCCUAAAAGAGCUCAUAGAAACAAAAGUUUAAAUUUAAGCUGGUUUAUGUUAAGAUGAAUGGUUGGUGUGUUAUAUGGCCCAGGAUAGUAGAAUAUAAUAUUGUCCAGAAUACAGUUCAGACACAACUCAUGUAACAGUUUAUUUGAACAGAAGUUUAUUUUUCAUAUGGAAGUAACAUACCAGUUUUUAAAAUAUAACUAUAAAAAUAACUGCAUAAUGAGCACUAUUUUUGGUUUUAUGCCCCCUGUGUGUUUGGGCUCUGCUUAUUUUUUCAGAGUUAUUUUUUUACUGUAACCUCCAAAAUGUAAGAAUUGAAAGAGAACUGAUCAAAGACACCUUCCUAUUUCAUUCUCUUUGCUGUGUAAAUGUCAUUUGUGUAAACAUUACCAAAAGGGAU